AUGAAUAGAUUAUUAUUGAAGUUCCCUAAAACUUUACUUGAGUAUUCUUUUAAGCGCAGUUUCUCUUCAACGAAUAUUAAGUUCAACAAGGACUCCGCUCUAGUUGGCUAUCAAUUUUGUUUAGAACCAAUUGAAUACGAAAGCCACACUCUCAGAAAACAUGACAAUUAUAGACGUCAAAAUCUAUAUGAAUUUGGUAUGUACGUUGCUGCAUGUAUGCCAAAAUUCGUACAAAAAGUUCAAAUGCAACAUACGGACGAACUGGAAAUACUCGUCGCGCCUGAAGGCAUGUUCCCCGUUCUAAGUUUUAUGAAUCUUCACCAACAUGCUUGUUUCAAUCAGUGUUCUUCGGCUACUGCCAUAGACGUUCCCAGUAGAGAAUAUAGGUUUGAAGUAGUGUAUAAUAUUCUUAGUUUGAGAUUUGGAGAGCGAGCUAGAGUAAAAACUUAUACUGAUGAAGUUACUCCAUUGCGGUCGGCUUAUGAGCUUUGGAAAGUUUGUAACUGGCAAGAAAGGGAAAUAUAUGACAUGUUUGGCAUAAUCUUUACACAUCAUCCGGAUCUCAGAAGAAUUCUCACCGACUACGGCUUUAAAGGGCAUCCUCUUAGGAAGGAUUUCCCUUUAAUUGGUUAUACCGAAGUGAGGUAUGACGAUGGGCUGAAGAAAUUGGUGUACGAGCCGGUAGAAUUUGCACAGGAAAUGCGGAGCUACCAAUUAGAAUCUCCGUGGAAUUAUUUAAAAAAUUUUCAUGAGGAAUAUAACGCUCCUCCUGCAGCCAAGAAGGAAAAGGAAUGA